UUUUUUGGAGUUUUUAUCAUUUGCAAACCGCAAUAGAACUCUAUAUAAAAGGCCGAUUCUGCAAUUGCCAGGCAUCAGUUGAAAACUAUAGUUUAUGAGCCAAGCCUCGAAUAUGAAAGCCAACUUUGGAUAUUUUGUAGUGAUUUUAGUAUUUGUGUGCUUUGCCAGUGCCGAGAAUGAAAGUGUGGAUUGCACUAAGCCGCCACGUUUCAUUCCACUCGAGAUGUGCUGCCCAGAACCAGACCUGAGUACUAAAGAGCUGAUGGAGCAAUGUGCUGAAUAUGCUGGACAAUCACAUCCAUAUCAAUGUUUGAUCGAGUGCAUUUUGAAUAAAACCGAAGUUUUGGGGGGAAACGGUGAACCCGAUGUCGACAAAUUUAGCGCUCUGCUCGACACAACUGUUAAAGAUAAUGAAGAAAUGGCCGCCAUUAUGGAGGAAGCAUUUGAGACUUGCACAGAAAAGUUAAGCGAGUUGAAGACGAAGAUAGCCGAAAAGAUGAGCCAAAAUCCGGAAUAUGCCGAGAAAAUGGCCAAUCAUAGAAUGCAAGCGGGCUGUUUGCCCUAUGGCGCUGUUCUGAUGAAUUGUGUUCAUACGGAGACAUUUGAAAAUUGCCCCGCUUCUGUUUGGAAUGAUAGUACGGAAUGUAACACUGUGCGCGACUUUAUUAAGGAGUGUAAGCAUGAAUAAAUUAAAGAAGUUCUUUUAUUAAGAAUUAUUGUCGGAGAGUGUUGGAGUAAGAGGAUAGGAAAUUAUUGCAAUAUUAUAAACAUAAAUUUAUUUUCUUAACCUUAUAUAUGAAAUAAAAUCGAUAUUU